AUUUGUACAAUAUUUCUAUCAGAUAUGCGAGGCUUCAUGGGACCACGAGGACUUCCUGACACAGCUCGUGCUGCUCGUUUCAUUCUGAAGGAUUUUGUCAGUGGAAAACUUUUAUACUGUAACCCACCACCAGGGGUAGAAAGAUCAGACUACCAAAAAUUUCCUCCACCACAACCAAGGAAUACUUCCAGGGAGAUAACGCCACAUCAACUUCGUGUGAUGAAGAGUGAUCGUAUCACAAGUAAAGAAAUCGACAGCGAAUUCUUUAGAAAGGUGAGUCUUCAAGCCCACAGUAAAGGUGUACUUUCCAAAGCACCACCUUCGAGUGAGACUCAGAAGCCUUGGAAGAAACAUAAUAAUAAAAACAAAAAAUUAAAACUGAGGAAGGUUUAUGCUGAUUGUGACCAAUGACGUACAAGUUGUCGUUUCUGGAGAUAACCUUGCUUGUAUAUAAAAGAAUAUAAAUAAAGUCUUGAUAUGGAAA